AUGUCUCACCAUGGAUAUCGCCAUUCCCGGAUCAGCAGGAUCAUCAAUUCAAAGCAUCGACAUGAGGAUGGCGAAGAGGAUUUGGUGGACGACUUAAACCCCAUUUCGUACGACUUAGAUGAAGCGCAAGCGCCUCUGGCCCCUGAAGAUGCCAUCUUGACUGAACCAUGCGCACAGUUGCUCAAUAAAGCUUGCUCGGAAGAUGCGACUGGUCUUUCGGAAGAUUUGCUGGUGAAACGACAAGCUGAAUCCUCCGCAACUGCGGCUGCGGUGGAGACGUCAGUGCAAGUGGUGGAGAGUAUUUCUCAAACUGUAUGGCCAUCAACCGGAGUAGAUUUUACAAUGACUGCAUCCGUUACAGCUUCCAUUGAAGUGGUGAUCUCUGCAACUGAUUCAUUACUGGCGACUUCAACGGACUCUGCAAUUGCGUCGGUAACCUCACUUACUACUCAGUCCACGUCCACGUCCACGUCCACGUCCACUACAUCGUCGACUACAUCGGCCACAAGCAAGCAGCGUGUACCUGUUUCUUCACCUAAGGUUUCUCCAGCUGCUAGUAAUCAGCCUCACACGUCUACUCCACUAGUCCAACCCGCCACUCCGACAACGUCGGCUACGACUAAUACCCCAGUCGUGAAUAGUAGUAGUACAACGGCUUACUACUACCCGGCUUCUGCUUCAUCGUCAUCCCAAUCAACUUCAUCUUCUGCUGCUUAUUCAACCAGUACAUGGGAUGAUUACUAUUCGAGCUCGACGCAAUCAGCAUCUUCUACUACAGAUGGGUUUGGAGGGGCCGUGCACACUGGCAUCAGUUCUGGCUCUGGGUCCAGUGAUGGAUCAGGAUCAUCAACGAACACGGGGUCAUCGGGAUCGGGUUCUUCCAUCUCUCCUACGACGUCUAAAAUUGUUGGCGGAGUUGUGGGCAGUGUGGCAGGUCUGGCUUUGAUUUUCGCUCUUCUGUUUUACAUUCUUCGCCGGCGAGGUUACUUUCAACGUUUCUUCAAGGAUAAGGGAGGCCAAGCCCUCCCAUCCAGCGAUGCCGGACCUACCGGAAGCAGGGAAAUUGCCGAGAGACCCUCCAGCAUGUUCACAACGGCAUACCUGGCACCUGCUUUCAUGAAACGCUGGCGCAAUUCAACCAUGACCACAAGGACUGACAGCACAGUGGAUUCUUGUUCUAGCGAACGCGGAUUCCAAAAGAUUUCAGGCCGCAAAAUCCCACCCGUUCUCACCCACGGAGGAGAUGGCUUUGGCGGCAGAGUAGAAGGCCACUCACCGACGAUCCCGGAUUGUUUGAUUGGCCUUUCUCCGCCCUCCAGUGCAGGACCUAGUAGUAGUGGAGCUGGAGCUUUAUCUUCUCCAACCGCAUAUGGCCCACCUCCAGCAUCUCCAUUCGGCUCACCACUUGAUACGAACUAUACACGGGAAAUAGACGAGUUUCCACGCCCGCCGCGGCCCAAAAUUCAACUUCCCGCUUCCAGUUCAGUGAACUUUGGCUCUCCCACCAUGGUCACUUCUUCCCAUCCCAUUCCCCAGCCUCAGAGUGCGGUUCCUGUACUGCGACCGGAUGCAUUAGGACGGAGUCAUCCAAGUUUUGAUGGCAGCCGCAGCAGCCGCUUCACGGAGAGUCUUGAUCUGUGA